CCCACCUCCAUUUUGUAUGGGAAACAGCUCAUGGAGAUUGUUUCCAAACAGUCAGUUGAAACGUAAAUCCCGGAACGCCCAAGCCUUUUUUUUAUGGCGUCUUGGUCUGAAGUAGAACAAUAACCGUACAAAUAAUGUAAAGGAGGCUCCACGACGAUCGGGUAGUGACUGAGUGAGUGUUCUGAGACAUUCCGAGAUAGCCGGCCAGUUGCUCCCAGGCACACAAGUCAACCCCGCAAUCAUGGCGACCGGAUCCAACAUACAGAUACUCCAGUAUCUCGUCGAUACCCGAGAGCUGUGGACAGAGGCCACCAAGACAAAAGACCUCGAGCAUGUCGCCACAAGAGCUCUCGACCUCCUGACGGGCGACGAGAGAGCCAAAGUGUUGAGGUUCUACUUUGUCGCCGACGCCAAGAUGGCGCUGGUCUCGCACCUGCUCAAGCACUGGGUCGUCGCCACGACAUGCAGCAUCCCGUGGUCCCAGACUCAGCUGGGCCGCGACGAGCGGGGGAAGCCAAUCUUCCUCAGGAGCUCCCCGGCCGACAACAGGGGCGGAGAAAAACAGCAGCAGCAGCAGCAGCAGCAGCCAGUCUUCUUCAACGUCAGCCACCAGGCCGGCCUCGUGUCCCUCAUCGUCGCGACAAACCGCCCUCGCAGUGGCAACGGUGAGGGUGAGGGUGACGACUUUGGUGACACGCAGAUCGACGUCGGCACCGACAUUGUCUGCACCAGCGAGCGCCGGGACCGCGAUCACAAGAUGAUCCGCGAAAAGGGGUGGUCCGAGUUCGUCGACAUGCACGCAGACGUCUUUGGCCGGGCCGAGACCGAGCAUCUCAAGCACGGAAAUCUCCUGCUUGCUUCUGCCGCUUAUGAUGACGACGACGAUGAUGAUUAUGGAGCCAGCGCCAGCGCGAAUGCCAGUGCCAUGACCCCGGGGGCCAUCGACGCCAAGCUCCGCGCCUUCUACGCCCUCUGGUGCUACCGCGAGGCCUACGUCAAGAUGACCGGCGACGCCCUGCUCGCGAGCUGGCUCAACGAUCUUGAGUUCAAGGACUUCCGGGCCCCCGAGAGAGCGGCGGCUGGCAGCACCACGCAGGUGGGACAGCCCGCGGGGCAGAUCCGGCGGGACUGCGAGAUACUGCUCGCCGGGGAGAAGGUCGAGGACGCCAAUGUGUGUCUCCGCUCGCUGGGGCCCGACUUCAUGACGUGCUCGGCCGUGCGGACGCCCGGGGACAAGGAGCUCGCGAUGGGCAUCGAGCUGGGUCCGUAUGAGUGGCUGAGCCUGGAGCAGAUUCUCAGUGAUGCCGAAAUGGCUGGUGGUGGAGGUCGUUAAACACUUUCGGCUCGUUCAAACACUGUUCUUUUGCUCUGGUCAACACAGUCCAGGUGGUUGUUAGCAUGCCCCGCCCUGUCUUCGCUUGUUGAGAGAGAGACCAAGACACACACACACACACACACACAC